GCCUCAAAAUCAUACAUCUCUAUUUAAACAUUACUAAAGCUUUACUCUCAUAGUCAAGCUUCAUCUCAAAGCAAAGAGUUCUCUCUCACAGUGAAGUCCAUGGCCAAGGUUCAUCCUCUCCCACCUGGUUUGCCCAAUGUUUCUUCAAGGAGAGAAUCAUUCACCAUAUGGAUGAAAUCCCUUGUGAUGCAAGCAAAUGGAUGCACCGUUUACAAUGAAAACGGAGAGAUUGUCUACCGUAUAGACAACUAUGACAAGAAAGGCAGCAGUGAAGUUUAUCUCAUGGAUCUCCGCGGCAAAGUUCUGUACACAAUACUCCGAAGGGUAUGGUUUUUAGGAAGAUGGGAGGGUUAUGAAGGAGAUAGUUCAAGCUUGAGGAAAGAGAAACCGAAGUUUAAAGUAACCAGAAAGGGUGUUGUCGAUGCUGAAGCUGGUUGCUAUAGAUUAGAGGGCUUGGCUGGUAAAUCAGAAUUCAAGAUCAUAGACUGCAGGAGGGGAGGUGUUGUUGCAGAGGCUAAACGAAAGCAGUCAUCUUCAGGAGUAGUUCUAGGAGAUGAUGUUUUGAGUUUGGUGGUCGAGCCUCAUAUAGAUCACUCUCUCAUUAUGGCUCUUGUGACUGUGUAUGGACUUAUACAUCAGAGAUUGUAACUGUUUUUCAAAAUUCUCAUUAGUUGCAACAUAGAACUGAGUUUUUUUUUUUUUUCUAACCCUGAAAGAAUCUAACUGUUUUCUGGUUUUUUUUUUUUAGUGGGAAUUUCAACCAUUUGUACCUCAGAAAUUGACUCUCAUAGCACCCUUUUUCUUUUUGUUGAUAUUGCUGUCAAUCGAGUAUCACUGUGUGACAUAGAAGAAACUUACA